UAGUUAAUUAAUUUCCACAAAGACUAGUUUAAGUUGGUCACCCUUUUGCUAUUUGAAUACUCUGUUUCAUCCUUCAAAGAAGAAUAUAAAAAUGAAGUAACGUGCAAAGCCAGCUAUGCACUCCACUGCUGGGAAUUAUUUGAAUCUCGCUGUAGUGAACACCUCGCAAUCAUUAUUGCAACAUUGCUCUCUCUGUUACAUUCUGAAAAUUCCAAUCUCUCACUCAUUAGUUCGCUGUUGUUGAGAUCUGUAUCAUAUCAUGGCUGAAGCACUUGUGGUUGGAGCUUUAGUUUCUGGCUUGGCCAACGUUGUUCUUGACAGGCUCAUUUCAUCUGAGUUUGUCAACUUGGUGGUGGGCAAGAAGCUGGAUCGGAAGUUGGUUGAGAAGCUGAAGACUGCUAUCUUGGCUGCCAAAGCUCUGGCUGCUGAUGCUGAGCAGAAGAAGUUUGGAAACGAACUCGUGAGGGAGUGGCUUGAUAGUCUCAAAGAUGCUCUCUACACUGCUGAUGACUUGCUGGACCGUGUCUUCAUCAAAGCUCAAAUUCGCAACAGGGUAGGCAUUUGUCUUCCUCACUUCCUUGAUCUGUCUGGUAGGAAGAUGGUGACUAAGAUAGAAGAGGUGGUUGAAAGAAUAGAAGAUCUUGAGAGACGCAAAGAUACCCUUGGUCUGAGAGAGAUUCAAAUAGGAAGCUCUUCAUGGAGACCUCCAUCCACUUCUCUUGUGAAGGGGAAUGUGUUCGGCAGGGAUAGUGACCAACAGGCACUAAUCAAGAUGCUCAAUGACAACAAUCAUCAUAACUUGUCCGUCAUCUCUAUUGUUGGUAUGGGCGGGGUUGGUAAAACUACUUUAGCGCAAUGGCUCUACAACAAUAAGGAUUUGAUGGACGGGGUUGAUCUGAAAGCAUGGAUUUGUGUUUCUGAAAAUUUUGAUGUUGUUGAGACUACUAAGAAUGUUAUAAAGGGGAUCUCUUCAGGUGUUUGUAGUCUUGACGGCUUUGAUUUACUUCAACAACAUUUGAAGGAAAAACUGUCAGAAAAGAAGUUCUUCAUUGUUUUGGACGAUGUUUGGAGUGAAGAUGCUGACAAGUGGAAUAGUUUUAUCACCCCUUUUCAACAUGGGAGAAAGGGAAGCACUAUUCUUCUAACUACCCGCAUGGUAAAUGUUGGUCAAAUAGUCCAACACUAUAACUCUUACACCCUCAAUCAACUGUCAGAUGAUUAUUGUUGGUCUAUUUUUGCGGACAAUGCAUCCUUUCCUAAAUCAAAUGGGAGCUCAGAACUGGAAGGAAUAGGUAGAAAGAUUGUCGAGAGGUGUGAUGGCUUGCCGUUAGCUGCAGAAACACUUGGACGCUUGUUGCGCUCAGAGCAUCGUGCUGAAGAAUGGAAUAAAAUACUAUCGAGUGACAUUUGGGAAUUUCGUCUGGCAAAUUGUAAGAUUGUUCCUGCAUUGUUAUUAAGUUACCAACAUCUGCCUAUUCAUUUGAAACGAUGCUUUGUUUAUUGUUCAUUGUAUCCCAAAGAUCAUAAACUUGAUAAAGAUGAAUUAAUAUUGCUGUGGAUGGCGGAAAACCUUUUACAACCACCAAGGAGGGAACAGACUUUAGAAGAAGUUGGCUGCGAGUGUUUCGAUGACUUGGUUUCAAGACUAUUCUUCAAGCAGGUCGAGAAUGAGGAUGAGAAGUAUUUUGUGAUGCACGAUCUCAUGCAUGACUUGGCAAUUUUUCUUGCUGGAAAAUUUUGUUGUAGACUAUCUGAAGAACUUGGUGAAGUGGAAGAAAUGAGUAUUCUAACUCGUCAUUUGUCAUACGGUGAUUCAAAUCCUGCGAAAACAUGCUCCUCUAAUAAAAUAGAAUCUUUGAGGACAAUACUGUAUACCAAUCGUGGAGCUGCUUUCUGGAAAGCACACGCAACAUUACCAUGUGACAUAUUGUCAAAGAAUAAAUACCUGAGAGUUGUAUCCUUUGAUAUACGCCCUAUAUAUCUUGAUUCAAUAGCUAAAUUGAUCCAACUGCGCUAUUUGGAUCUUUCUUGGAGUGAUAUUGAGGUAUUGCCGCCGUCAUUAUGCAACUUGUGCAAUCUACAAACUUUAAAGUUAGAAGGUUGUUCAAAGCUGACUAUGCUGCCCAAUGGCAUGUCUAAUCUUGUGAAUUUGCGGCAUCUUAAUAUAACGGAUACUCCUCUGAAAGAAAUGCCUAAAGGAAUGGGCAAAUUAAAACAGUUGCACGUUCUAAGCAAGUUUGUGGUGGGAAAGCAAGAAGACAAAAGAAUCCAAGAGUUAGGAGGGCUUUUAAAUCUUCAUGGACCACUUGAGAUUCAAAAAUUGGAGAAUGUGGUUGAUGCCAAUGAGGCAAGGAGUUCAAGGAUAAUAGAUAAGAAGCACAUUGAGUACUUAUUGUUGAAAUGGUCUUCAGGUGAUGAUAUGGUUUCCAACACACAUACUGAUGAACAAGAUAUACUCCAGGGCUUGCAACCACACACUGGCUUGAAGGAGUUGGAAAUCAAGGGAUACAAGGGUACAACAUUUUCCGACUGGUUGGGGCGCUGUUCCUACAAAAAUAUGACACGUGUAACUCUGAAGUCUUGCAAGAAUUGCUGCAUGCUGCCUUCACUUGGACAGCUGCCAUCUCUAAAGUUCCUCCGCAUUGAAAAGUUUGAUCAGCUGAAGAGCAUUGGCAAGGAGUUUUACAAGAAUGAAGGCCAUCAACAUUCUUCGCCUAUUGCACCGUUUUCCUCACUGGAGGAAUUGAUAUUUCAUAAUAUGCCAAGUUGGGAGGAGUGGCAGUUACCUGACUCAGAAGCCUUUCCUCAGCUUAAGAUCCUUCAAAUAAGAGGGUGUCCAAUGUUAAAGGGAGAUAUGGUUAAUCAGGUAUUCAUGAGAAUCGUUUCUUCCUCAUCGGAUGUUUCCAAAGUGCGCCGACUGAAAAUACAAGAAGAUAAUGGAGGAUGGGGUAAAGAGAUGAGACUUGAUGGGGAUAGUUUAACAAUUAGUGGAUUUGAAUCUGUGGCGGAGUAUGCAUUUAAGGCAAGGAUCAUCCACCAUCUAACUUCCCUCCAAGAAAUACACAUAUCAUGGUGUUCAUCUGUUGUAUCCAUGGGGGGCAAUUGUUUACCCAAAUCUUUGCAAAAGCUCAAAAUCGUUUUUUGCGGCGAAAUUGAAUUACUCCAGCAACAACACAAAUAUGAUUUGGUAGAUCUACAAAUAGAACACAGUUGUGAUUCACUGACCUCAUUGUCGUUGGAUGCCUUUCCCAAUCUCCAGAAUCUGAAGAUAAUAGGGUGUUCAAAUCUGGAAUCAGUUUCAAUGUCAGAGCCACCACACGCUGCUCUUCAACGUCUCUCCAUCACUCGAUGCUCCAAAUUUGUGUCAUUGCCAUCUGAUAUGAAUAGUCUUCUCCCAAAUUUAGAGUCUCUGGACAUACGAGGUUGCCCAAACAUUUGCAGGUUGCCAGAGGGAGGUUUGCCGGCUAACCUGAAAGAGCUUAGCGUAGGAGAUUGCGAGCAACAAGUGAGGAGUCUAUCAUGGUUGGGCAACUUAGACAACCUCACUCAUCUCACCAUCUCAGGUCAUGGCAGUGAGAGCAGAAUAAAGUCAUACCCAGAGGUGGGUUGGCUGCCUCGACUUCCCUCCCUUACCACUCUACAUAUCCGAGCGUUUUAUAAUCUGGAGACAUUGGAGUGCAACGAGCUUCUCCGCCUCACCUCCCUCCAACAACUACACAUUGAGUUCUUUAUGAACCUGAAGAAUAUUGCAGGAGAAAAGCUGCCACCCUCUCUCUUACUACUCAAAAUUGACGAAUGUGGUUUGCAGGCGGAACACUGCGAGGACAAGCAUCAACAAAUUUGGUCCAAAAUUUCCCACAUCCCCACCAUUCUAGUCGAUGGCAUACGAAUUUCUGCGUAGAGAUUUCUGAGCAGGUGGCUUGUGUACAUAUCAAGAUGUAAUCCUAUACAUUGGCUACAUAUCUUCAUUUAAUUCUAACUUCAUUUGAGGUGGAAAUUAAGCUGGAUUAAGGUGUUGGGAACCAGAUACUUUGUUUUCUGAUUUUGGCUUAAUGUUAUUGAAAAGCAAGGACAUGAUGGAGAGAGUUAGAGUAGUGGCACUUAUGAUUGAAAAGCUUUUGUUGUUGUGGAUUCUAAGGUGAUGAAGAUAUGUAGCUAAUGCAGUCAAGAUUCAAAGAUUAUGCUCUCCACAUUUGAAGAUGACAAGCAUGUACCUGAAAUGAUCAUUAUGAGAAGGUGAAGUUGUAUAGUGAUGCCAUCAGCAAGAAUUUCAUUCCUAUCACCUUCACUCAAUGAAGAUCCACUGGUAAAGGGAAGUACAUUUGAGGUUUAGUAACCAACCAUAUCUAAAUUAUCUUCAUUCAAUCCAAAGUUCAACAGAAGAUGUGCUCUGUUUUAGCUUCAGUCACUAUAAAUCUGCAGUCGGAGAGUGGUCCAAUCUUGGUUUUGGCUAGGGUGAGAUAUAUGGCCUGCGCACGCAAAGUAGCUCUUUGUAAAUUUUUCAUGUUUUUUGUUCCCAUUUAUAUGCAUUGGUGCUAGGUUGUUUUGAUUUACUAUAAGCAUAAUUUGUGCACUCAUUUGAGGUUCUCUUGUAUCCUUACUUGGUUACAGUGGUCUUCUUUUUUUGUCUGAAUGAUUUGUAGUUUUUACCUCUCACAUUGAGAGAUUUCCAUGUUAAAAUUUUGGUGUCUUGUCCCGA